GAGGCUACUAAGCCCUCGACACUCUCGCUCCGCCUUCGCCACAGUCGUCGGAUCACCGACAAUGGGAGCGGCGGCGAUAUUGUCGGGCCUCCUUACUGAGAUCCUGAUCCCGGCGGCAGCCGUCGUCGGGAUCGCCUUCGCGUUGGUGCAAUGGCUGCUGGUCUCCAAGGUGAAGCUUUCUCCGGAGGACUCGGCCAACAGCAAGGAUGGGGUCUCGGACUACCUCAUCGAGGAGGAGGAAGGGCUCAAUGACCACAACGUCGUCGUGAAGUGCGCCGAGAUCCAGAGCGCCAUCUCUGAAGGAGCAACUUCAUUCCUUUUCACCGAAUACCAAUAUGUUGGAAUCUUCAUGGUUGCUUUUGCGGUCCUGAUUUUCCUAUUUCUUGGUUCUGUGGAAGGCUUUAGCACAAAAGCUCAACCAUGUACCUAUAGCAAGGAUAAGUAUUGCAAACCAGCACUUGCAAACGCUGGCUUCAGUACAAUCUCCUUCUUGCUUGGUGCAACAACGUCCCUGGUUUCUGGUUUUCUUGGGAUGAAAAUUGCAACCUAUGCUAAUGCAAGAACAACUCUAGAAGCUAGGAAGGGUGUUGGAAAAGCUUUCAUCACCGCUUUCCGGUCUGGUGCAGUCAUGGGCUUCUUGCUUGCUGCAAAUGGCUUGUUGGUCCUCUAUAUUGCCAUCAACUUAUUCAAAUUGUACUAUGGUGAUGACUGGGAAGGCCUUUUUGAGUCAAUUACUGGUUAUGGUCUUGGUGGGUCUUCCAUGGCUCUUUUCGGUAGAGUAGGGGGUGGUAUCUACACAAAAGCUGCUGAUGUUGGUGCUGAUCUUGUUGGUAAGGUUGAAAGGAACAUUCCUGAAGAUGACCCUAGAAACCCAGCUGUGAUUGCUGACAAUGUUGGAGACAAUGUUGGAGAUAUUGCUGGGAUGGGAUCUGAUCUUUUUGGUUCUUAUGCUGAAUCAUCAUGUGCUGCACUUGUUGUUGCCUCCAUUUCUUCGUUUGGAGUCAACCAUGAUUUCACUGCCAUGUGCUACCCUUUGCUUAUUAGCUCCAUGGGAAUCAUAGUUUGUUUGAUAACUACUCUCUUUGCAACCGAUUUUUUUGAGAUAAAGGCUGUAAAAGAAAUCGAACCUGCUUUAAAAUGGCAGCUCAUAAUCUCUACUGCACUUAUGACUGUUGGUAUUGCAAUCAUCAGUUGGAUAGCUCUCCCGUCAACUUUUACAAUUUUCAGUUUUGGUGACCAGAAGCAGGUAAAAAAUUGGGAAUUGUUCUUCUGUGUUGCAAUUGGAUUAUGGGCUGGCCUGGUCAUUGGAUUUGUCACCGAAUACUAUACGAGUAAUGCAUAUAGUCCUGUCCAAGAUGUUGCUGAUUCCUGCCGAACUGGAGCUGCCACUAAUGUCAUUUUUGGGCUGGCUUUAGAAAACAAGUCUGUCAUUAUCCCCAUUUUUGCCAUUGCCAUCAGCAUAUUUGUUAGCUUUAGUCUUGCUGCCAUGUAUGGUAUUGCUGUUGCUGCUUUAGGCAUGCUGAGCACUAUAGCAACUGGCCUGGCCAUCGACGCCUAUGGACCAAUCAGUGACAAUGCUGGAGGCAUUGCUGAGAUGGCUGGAAUGAGCCAUAGAAUUCGGGAGAGAACAGAUGCACUCGAUGCUGCAGGCAACACCACUGCAGCCAUAGGAAAGGGCUUUGCUAUUGGUUCGGCUGCCUUGGUGUCCCUUGCACUCUUUGGUGCCUUUGUGAGUCGGGCGGCCAUCUCCACCGUUGAUGUUCUGACUCCAAAGGUGUUCAUCGGGUUAAUUGUUGGUGCCAUGCUUCCUUACUGGUUCUCGGCCAUGACCAUGAAGAGUGUCGGCAGUGCUGCUCUGAAGAUGGUGGAGGAGGUCCGCAGGCAGUUCAACACUAUACCGGGGCUUAUGGAUGGUAGCACUAGACCUGAUUAUGCGACCUGUGUAAAGAUCUCCACAGAUGCCUCAAUCAAGGAAAUGAUUCCUCCUGGUGCUCUGGUGAUGCUUACACCACUUAUUGUUGGAACCUUCUUUGGUGUGGAAACCCUAUCUGGGGUUCUUGCUGGGUCACUCGUUUCUGGGGUGCAGAUUGCUAUCUCUGCAUCUAACACUGGUGGUGCAUGGGACAAUGCAAAGAAGUAUAUCGAGGCUGGGGCAUCAGAGCAUGCAAGGAGUCUUGGCCCUAAAGGAUCUGAUCCCCACAAGGCUGCUGUUAUUGGUGACACCAUUGGGGACCCUCUCAAGGAUACAUCUGGGCCAUCACUUAACAUUCUCAUCAAGCUAAUGGCAGUGGAGUCUCUUGUGUUUGCACCAUUCUUUGCUACUCAUGGUGGUCUCCUGUUCAAGAUCUUCUAACAUGGAGGAGAAUGGGAGAACUUGAUGAUGCUUGUACUUUAAGAGUACUUAGAUUUUAAUCCACCUCAAUGUUUGAUUAGUAAUUGCACCUGUUAUUUGUCAUUUUUAUCUUUUGCUGUCAGAGUUAUGUUUAUCAUCAUUGGUUGAUGCUGUAUCACUAGAUUAGGUCAGUGGUCACUGUAAAAAUUCCAUGUUGGCAAGGGAACAAACAAAAUUUCCUUAUGGAUGAUGAUGGUAAUCAUGAUGAUCAUUGUGGUCUAGUGGACAGUAAACAUUCUUGAGAGAAUGAGAUCAAACAUGUGUUUGGUGCC